GUUGGGGAGCAGCACCUUCAAAAACAUGCAGCGCCGGCACACGACACUGAGAGAAAAGGGCCGCCGUCAGGCCAUCCGGGGUCCUGCCUACAUGUUUAACGAGAAGGGCACGAGCCUGACGCCGGAGGAGGAGCGCUUCCUGGACUCGGCCGAGUAUGGCAACAUCCCGGUGGUCAGGAAGAUGCUGGAGGAGUCCAAGACCCUCAACUUCAACUGCGUGGACUACAUGGGGCAGAACGCGCUGCAGCUGGCGGUGGGCAACGAGCACCUGGAGGUCACGGAACUGCUGCUCAAGAAGGAGAACCUGGCGCGGGUGGGGGACGCGCUGCUGCUGGCCAUCAGCAAGGGCUACGUCCGCAUCGUGGAGGCCAUCCUCAACCACCCGGCCUUCGCGCAGGGCCAGCGCCUGACGCUCAGCCCACUGGAGCAGGAGCUGCGCGACGACGACUUCUAUGCCUACGACGAGGACGGCACGCGCUUCUCCCACGACAUCACGCCCAUCAUCCUGGCGGCCCACUGCCAGGAGUAUGAGAUCGUGCACAUCCUCCUGCUCAAGGGCGCCCGCAUCGAGCGGCCGCACGACUACUUCUGCAAGUGCAAUGAGUGCACCGAGAAGCAGCGGAAGGACUCCUUCAGCCACUCCCGCUCGCGCAUGAACGCCUACAAGGGGCUGGCAAGUGCUGCUUACUUGUCCCUGUCCAGCGAGGACCCUGUCCUCACCGCGCUGGAGCUGAGCAACGAACUCGCCAGACUAGCCAACAUCGAGACCGAAUUCAAGAACGAUUACAGGAAGUUAUCUAUGCAAUGCAAGGAUUUUGUGGUGGGCGUGCUGGACCUAUGCCGAGACACAGAAGAGGUGGAAGCGAUUUUAAAUGGUGAUGUGAACUUCCAAGUCUGGUCCGACCACCACCGUCCGAGUCUGAGCCGGAUCAAACUCGCCAUUAAAUAUGAAGUCAAGAAGUUCGUUGCUCAUCCUAACUGUCAGCAGCAAUUGCUUACCAUGUGGUAUGAAAAUCUCUCAGGCUUACGUCAACAGUCUAUCGCUGUGAAAUUCCUGGCUGUCUUUGGAGUCUCCCUAGGCCUCCCUUUUCUCGCCGUAGCCUAUUGGAUUGCUCCGUGCAGCAAGCUAGGACGAACCCUGAGGAGCCCGUUCAUGAAAUUUGUAGCCCAUGCCGUUUCCUUUACAAUCUUCUUGGGGCUCUUAGUUGUGAACGCAUCGGACCGCUUUGAAGGCGUGAAAACCCUGCCCAACGAAACCUUCACCGACUACCCGAAACAGAUCUUCAGAGUGAAAACCACGCAGUUCUCCUGGACGGAAAUGCUCAUCAUGGAGUGGGUCUUGGGGAUGAUUUGGUCCGAAUGCAAGGAAAUCUGGGAGGAGGGACCGCGGGAGUACGUGCUGCACUUGUGGAACCUGCUGGACUUCGGGAUGCUGUCCAUCUUCGUGGCCUCCUUCACCGCGAGGUUCAUGGCCUUCCUUAAGGCCAGCGAGGCCCAGCUGUACGUGGACCAGCACGUGCAGGACGACACGCUGCAGAACGUCUCGCUUCCGCCGGAAGUGGCCUACUUCACCUACGCCAGGGACAAGUGGUGGCCUUCAGACCCUCAGAUCAUAUCGGAAGGGCUGUACGCGAUAGCUGUCGUGCUGAGCUUCUCUAGAAUCGCAUACAUCUUGCCAGCCAAUGAGAGCUUUGGGCCCCUGCAGAUCUCCCUGGGGAGAACCGUGAAAGAUAUCUUCAAGUUCAUGGUCAUUUUCAUCAUGGUAUUUGUGGCCUUCAUGAUUGGGAUGUUCAAUCUGUACUCCUACUACCGAGGUGCAAAGUACAACCCAGCGUUUACAACGGUUGAAGAAAGCUUCAAAACCUUAUUCUGGUCCAUCUUUGGCUUGUCUGAAGUGAUCUCGGUGGUGCUGAAAUAUGACCACAAAUUCAUCGAGAACAUCGGCUACGUUCUCUACGGCGUUUACAACGUCACCAUGGUGGUUGUGCUGCUCAAUAUGCUAAUAGCCAUGAUCAACAAUUCAUAUCAGGAAAUUGAGGAGGACGCAGAUGUGGAGUGGAAGUUCGCCCGAGCCAAGCUCUGGCUGUCUUAUUUUGAUGAAGGAAGAACUCUACCUGCGCCUUUUAACCUAGUGCCAAGUCCUAAAUCCUUUUAUUAUCUCAUAAUGAGAAUCAAGAUGUGCCUCAUAAAACUCUGCAAAUCUAAGGCCAAAAGCUGUGAAAAUGACCUUGAAAUGGGCAUGCUGAAUUCCAAAUUCAGGACUCGUUACCAGGCGGGCAUGAGGAAUUCUGAAAACCUGACAGCAAAUAACACUUUCAGCAAGCCCACCAGAUACCAGAAAAUCAUGAAACGGCUCAUUAAAAGAUACGUCCUGAAGGCCCAGGUGGACAGAGAAAACGACGAAGUCAAUGAAGGUGAACUGAAGGAAAUCAAGCAAGAUAUUUCCAGCCUGCGCUAUGAGCUUCUUGAAGAGAAAUCUCAAGCUACCGGCGAGCUGGCGGACCUGAUCCAACAGCUCAGUGAGAAAUUUGGGAAGAACUUAAACAAAGACCACCUGCGGGUGAACAAGGGCAAAGACAUUUAG